GCGAGCUCACUCCUACAAAAAGUAAUUUACCGCAUUUAACAACGAAAACAAAGAAACCUUGUAACAUAGUAAUACCAAAGAGCGAAUACACAAAAAUGGCUGGUAAUGUUUCGAAUCAGCAGCCACAUCCUCUCAGUCACGAAAGCGAUAGUUGGAAGAAAACCUUACGACUACCUCCUAAAGACAAUCGACCACAGACCGAGGACGUAACGGCCACAAAAGGUAAUGAAUUCGAAGAUUACUUUCUGAAGCGUGAACUACUGAUGGGUAUAUUCGAGGCCGGAUUUGAGCGCCCGUCACCCAUUCAAGAAGAAUCUAUACCCAUCGCCUUGACCGGUCGCGACAUUCUUGCAAGAGCAAAAAAUGGUACAGGAAAGACAGCAGCUUUCGUAAUUCCCGCCUUAGAAAAGAUAAAUGUAAAAAAACCAAAAAUUCAAGCACUAUUACUCGUCCCCACGAGGGAGUUGGCCUUACAAACUUCACAAGUUUGUAAGAUGCUUGGUAGACAUAUGGGGGUCCAAGUUAUGGUUACAACAGGUGGCACGACGUUAAAGGAUGAUAUUCUACGUCUUUCGGAAACCGUGCACAUUGUUGUUGGAACACCGGGUCGUAUUUUGGACUUGGCAGGAAAAGGUGUUGCCGAUUUUUCUGAAUGCCCAACAUUUGUAAUGGAUGAGGCUGAUAAAUUGUUGAGUCCAGAAUUCUCUCCGAUCGUCGAACAACUAUUGACAUUUUUCCCAAAAGAUCGUCAAAUAAUGCUAUACAGUGCUACUUUCCCCUUAAUCGUGAAGAGCUUUAAGGAUAAAUAUCUUGUGAAGCCUUAUGAAAUCAACUUAAUGGAUGAACUUACGCUUCGCGGUGUUACACAAUAUUACGCAUUUGUUGAGGAAAGACAAAAAGUGCACUGCCUGAACACCUUGUUCUCCAAGCUUCAAAUUAAUCAGUCCAUUAUUUUCUGCAAUUCCACCAAUCGGGUCGAACUUCUCGCCAAGAAAAUAACCGAACUCGGAUAUUCCUGUUUUUAUAGUCAUGCAAAGAUGUUACAAAAUCACAGAAAUCGCGUUUUCCAUGAUUUUAGGAAUGGCGUUUGUCGUAAUUUGGUGUGUUCAGAUUUGCUCACGCGUGGUAUCGACAUUCAAGCAGUUAACGUUGUAAUUAAUUUCGAUUUCCCUAAAAAUGCGGAAACAUAUCUUCACCGCAUCGGAAGAUCUGGACGUUUUGGCCACCUUGGACUCGCCAUUAACCUUAUUACUUACGAUGAUCGUUUCAACCUGUACAAAAUCGAACAAGAACUUGGAACCGAAAUUCAACCCAUUCCACCCGUCAUUGAUAAACAAUUAUACCAGAAUAGCCAAGCCAUUCGUAAUCAAAAUUCACGUAAUAACGGUGGCAUGAGAAACCCUAAUACAGGACGAUCAGGAGUGAUUGUUAAAUGA